GUCCGAUUCGUUCACUACUAAUGGCGUGUCUUCCGGUACCACACGUUAUAACGUCAAAAUGGCAAAGAAAAAAGGCGAUGAUAAAGUGAAUCCCGCUCCCCAAAGUGAUAAUGAGGAGCAAAACUUUGCCGAAGAACCCAAUUUCGAGGAUCCGGAAGAUUACGUGGACGAUAUCCCAGAUGAAGAAUUGUUAGCGGACCUUCUCGAGCAGAAGCCUCAGGAGUCCGACGGCUACGAGAAUGUGGUCGUGGUGGACGGGUGUCCGCAGGUCGGGCCCGAGCGCCUGGAGAAGCUCCAGAGCGUCAUAAACAAGAUCUUCAGCAAGUUUGGAAAGAUCGUAAACGAGUAUUACCCCACCACGGAGACUGGAGUGACCACAGGCUAUAUCUUUCUGGAGUAUGGCAACGCACAGAACGCCGCGGAAGCCGUGAAGGCCACUAACAAUUGUAAACUAGAUAAGCAGCAUACAUUCUUGGUUAACUUAUUCACUGACUUCAAGAAGUAUGCAGAUAUCCCCAAGGAAUGGGAGCCACCAGCGCCACAGCCGUUCAAGGUGCAGUCGGACCUCCAGUGGUACCUUAUGGACCCUGAUGCAUAUGACCAGUUCCUGGUGGGCAUCGGGACUGGUGUUGCGCUGCAGGUCUGGCAGAACGCCCUGCCGGAGCCGCUGUUGCUGCAGGAGAGACCGAACUGGACGGAAACAUACGCAGUGUGGUCUCCCCUGGGCACCUACCUGGCCACGUUCCACUGGCGAGGCGUGGCGCUCUGGGCGGGCCCCAAGUUCUCCCAGUUCCAGAAGUUCUACCACCCGGAGGCCCGCUUCAUCUCGUUCUCGCCGUGUGAGAAUUAUAUUGUGACCUUCUCACCGACCAGCGAUAGGGGUGAUGACAAGAAACUUAUCAUCUGGGAUAUAAGGACGGGUCAGGAGAAGCGCAGCUUCCCUCCGCCCGACGAGUACGUGACGUGGCCGAUCUUCCGCUGGAGCAAGGACGACCGGUUCUUCGCGCGCCUCGGCGCUGACGUGCUCUCCGUGUACGAGACGCCCGGCUUCGGCCUGCUCGACAAGAAGUCCAUCAAGAUCCCCGGCAUUAGAGACUUCAGCUGGUCACCCACCGACAACACCCUCGCCUACUGGGUGGCCGAGGACAAGGACGUCCCGGCGCGGGUCACUCUCCUCGAGUUACCCAACCGCACCGAAAUCCGCUCCAAGAACCUGUUCUCCGUCGCCGACUGCAAAAUCCACUGGCAGAAGUCUGGCGAUUACCUCUGUGUCAAAGUCGACCGAUACUCCAAAGUCAAGAAAGAUAAAAACGACAUCAAAUACUCGGGAAUGUACUAUAACUUUGAAAUAUUCCAUAUGCGAGAGAAGGAGAUCCCUGUGGACUCGGUUGAAAUCAAGGAGCCUAUUCAAGCGUUCGCUUGGGAGCCUGUCGGUUCUAAAUUCUCCAUUAUUCAUGGUGACCCGGCUAACAUCUGUAUAAGCUUCUACCAAGUGAAUACUGGCCAAGCGCCUACAUUACUGAAGAAGUUUGAGAGGAAACCGUUCAACCAUCUGUUCUGGUGUCCGUCGGGACAGUUCAUCGUGCUGGCGGACCUGGGGCUGACCGGAGGCGGUCUGGAGUUCUUGGACACUAAUGACUUCACUAUCAUGAAUGUGUCUGAUCAUUACCAGAUGUCUGGCAUCGAGUGGGACCCGACGGGCCGCUAUGUGGUGACGGGCGUGUCAUCGCUCAAGUGCAAAAUGGACUGCGGGUACUACAUCUGGUCCUUCCAGGGCAAGAUCCUCAGGAGAGUGAUGAAGGAAGGGUUCGCGCAGUUCCACUGGCGGCCGCGGCCACCGACGCUGCUCUCGGACAAGCAGCAGAAGGACAUCAAGAAGAACCUCAAGAAAUACUACUCGCAGUUCGAGUCCAAGGACCGCAUGCGCUCCAGCAAGGCUAGCAAGGAAUUGGUGGCGAAGCGCACGGAGCAGAUGAAGAAGCACGUGGAGUACCGCGAGGCCAAGGCGCAGGAGUGGGCCGAGCAGAAGCCGCGCCGGCUCGAGCUCAGGGACUAUGUGGACACCGACAGUCUCGAAACUGAUCAGAAUACUGUAGAAGAAGUUGUUGAAUUCUUUGUGAAAGAGGAACAGACCACCAUCGAGUAGUCGCCAUACCGGCCCACGUUAGAGGUCGGCUACCCUCGGCUGUCCGACCUCAAAACCGGUUCCAUACCGGUGGAAACCGGUAAAAACCGGCCAAGACCGCUCACAAACACAUUUCAGCAAGUUUUUUUGUACUGUCACAAUUCAAACUCUCAUUAUGUUAACCGGUGUAAGAUUUCAGUUUUAUACGAUAGGCAAUGUUUAUAGAAAUCAUAUUAAAUUGAUAUGUUUCAAAUGGAUAAUGGACUUUUAAUAGUAUUUUUGAUUAUUUAUUUUGGACCCUGGAUUAUUUAAUUGUAUGUUGAUGGUAUGAAAUAAACUGUUGAAAUAGAA